AUGGAAAAAUGGGAUGAAAUCGAGGAAAACCCCGGUAGAGUGAUCAACUCAUCAGAAAAUCCCGACGCGAAUUCGAAAAGGUGCGGUGGAGCGCGAUUGCUGGCAGUGAGCAAAGGGCCGAAGUUUCUUAGUCCGCCGAAAAUGCAAAUUGGCGAAUAUGAACCCACACCCAUCGAUGUCACCUUGUUUGUGAUAAUGUUGGUGGCUCUCAAGCGAAUCGUCAAGUGGAUUUUAGCUCCGAAAAUUGCAAAACCAACUAAAUAUCAGGUUCCUGCUCUUGAGACAAAGGACAGAACGAUGGAGGAAGUCCGUCGAUUGCGCGAUGAAGAGAAUAGAUGUCUGGUUGUAGUCCAUGACAAAAUCUACGACUUCUCAACAUCCCAAGAUUUGUACGACAAGAAUCGUGACGUCUUCGAGGGCAAGGCCUGUGGCGACGAGUGGGUGGCGAUCUGUGCCCGCAAGUUUCCUCACGUCGGAAACGUUUUGAAGCAUUGA